AAAUUCUAAUAUGUAGUCAUCGCUUUACUCUGAAUAAUUCCCAUUCCCAUGUUUGACAAAUAACAGCAUACUUUCACUUCCUGACAUAUCAACUAAUUCGUUUCAAUAUAGCACAUAUAAAGUGACAAACUUGAGUACUCGGAUUAUUAACGAGAAUAAACUAACAGCAAUUUCAAACACUCAGUCUUUGAUGUUUACAACUAUUAUUUUGUAGUUUAUUCAGGUAAUCCCUACCUAAUUGACAGUGUGAUAAAAAAGGAAAGAAAUGGUUGGAAGAAUUUCUUUUGACGGAGCAAAGCUAUUAGGCAAUGGGCAAUUCAGUAACAUAUAUUCUGGCAUGUUGGAUGGUGUCAAACAAGUGGCUGUCAAACAAGUUUUAUUAGAAGAUGUCCAACGAAAUCUGAGAUAUCAUUGUAUUGACGAAUCAGAUAUUUACAAGCAGAGAAACCAAAGGGAAGAAAAUGCCCUAAUGAAAAUACUGGACCACCGAAAUGUUAUAAAAUUGUUUUUGGUAGAAGAGGAUGCUCCGUUUAAGAAUUUUGCUCUGGAAUUAUGCUUAUGUUCGCUUUAUCAGUAUUGCAAGGGACAAUUUAUUAACUGUCCAAUGCCGUCGGACGCCACCGUCCUCUUGGACAUUGCCGAAGGCCUGUUAUAUGUUCACUCAAAAGGUCUGGCCCACCGAAAUAUCGACCCCAAGAACAUUCUUAUUUCAUCGACUCAUCCCGUCACCGUCAUGUUGGCCGAUUUCGGACUUAGCAAGCCAGUACGCAUUGGUACUAAUUCAUUUUCCGUCAGCAGAGACCGACAAAAUGCUCAAGGCAAUAAUCUGUGCUGGAUGGCUCCGGAGUUGCUGGAUCACCCAGACGACGAAGCUUUCUCUGAGAAGAGAGGCUCCGUCGCCAGCGAUAUUUUUUCGACCGGUUGUGUUUUCUUCUUUUACUUGAAACCUGGUUGCCAUCCGUUCGGAAAUGGGUCGAUAUCUACCGUGAAGAAUAUUAGUGAAGGAAAUCCAGUCAAUUUCAAUUCAUUCCCUGAAGAACAAGGUCGAUUUAAAACAAUGGUGAAAUCGAUGAUUGCAUCCAAGCCUGAAGACCGGAUUCGACUUAAUGAAGUAGUAAAUCAGCUGAAAGAAAUUAAAUCAGCCGAGGAAGAAGAUGACCGAUAUAAUGAACGUCUUGACUGGCUCAAUUGAAUAUUUUUACAAAUUUCAGUUAAAACAUGAUUGUUGUUCCAUUACUUCUUAUCAGUCCUCUUUUAAAUUUAGCGGUAUACGUUACUUGUACUCACCUGACAGUACUGGAGUCGAUGUGGGAAAUACGGUUCAUAUCUCUAAGCUGAUCGGGGUUUAUCCCAGCUGUCUUAAUACCGCCCAGGUUCGCUAGUCCUCCCCACACAGUUUAUUGUGAUGAACUACAUAAAAUGUUGUUUACCUUUGUUGUCCAAUAAGCUUUACGCUCACGAGGUGAUCACGUUCUCUUAUUUGUGAAAGCCUUACAUGAUGUGUGGUCAUGUGACAUGCAGCCUUACGCCUAAAUUCCAUGCUUAUGUUCUGUACUAGUGUGUGUGUCUAUGUGAUAAAAAAAUUGAUACUGCCAAAUACGGUCCGUGAGAUAUUACAUUAUUUACAAUGCA